AUGUCAAAUGUAGUAGUGCCCGAGAUGGAGGCCUCUUCAAAGGCCUUCGAUGCGCCAAACAACACAGAUAUUGUCGAAACAUAUGAGCGCAUUCUCGCUUCCGAUCCGGAGCUGACUAUGCCCGUCGCCGCCAUCGAGGCUCUCAUUAAUGUUCUCGGUCAGACCACAUCGUCAACCGUGAUGGAGACGCUCGAUAUCAUCCGCACCGCUGCCGAUCGUCUCAGGGCCUCAGUCCCAAACCCUGUGCCUCUCGCCGCAGGUACGGACCUUUUCCAGCAGUACCUCCUCCGGUCGCUUAAGAAGCAGGACACAAACGAUGCCCAUGCCGGCUUCGAGGAGACGAGACAGUACCUGAUCCGCAACAGCCGAGUCUUCGCCAGCCGCGCCAAGCAGGCCAGGGCCGAGAUUGCGGAGCGCGGGGCAAGGAUCAUCGGGGAGGGCUCGUGUGUGCUGACGGGCGGUGGCAGCCGCACUAUUGCCGCCGUGCUGCUGCGCGCUGCCGAGGUGCACAGCGCCGAGUUUGGCAGCCCGCGAUUCAAGGUUGUCUACGUCGUCGACCCGCGCUUCCCGAGCAACGUAGUCGAGAAUCUCAGGUCGCGCGGUGUGCCCGUGGCCGAGAUCAGCGAGCGCGAUAUUGCGCACGUCUUGCGCACCACCGGUGUCGACUUUGCCCUGCUCGGAGCUGAGGUUCUGUGCCAAAGCGGAGGUGUCCUGUCGAGGAUAGGGACUUAUAACAUUGUCGAACUCGUUGCUGCUUACAAAAAGCCGGUCUACUUUGCUGCCGAAAGUCACAAGAUCGCCCGUGUCUAUCCCUUGAGCCAACUGGAUCUGCCACGUUGCGGAGUGCAGCAGCAGGUCGCAAAGUUCACAACAUCAAAUGAUGCGCCAAAACAGGCAAGCACAGCUAAUGAGGAUCCAAUUGAUUAUACUCCACCAAAGUUGAUCACAAAGGUCAUCACAGAAUACGGCACUAAAACUCCCAGUGGGAUCUACGAAAUGUUGCUUGACAUAUAUUCUUGA